AUGGAGAAAUUGGUGGAUGAUGGACUCGUGAGAUCUAUCGGCCUAUCCAACUUCAACCGUGCCCAAAUUAAACGAAUCCUGAAGUGCUGUCGCAUCCGGCCACAGGUUCUUCAAGUGGAGGUCUCCCUGCUCUUCAGAAACCGCGAUCUGGUGGCAUUUGCGAAGUCUGUUGGUAUGCAGGUGACUAGCUAUGCCACCUUCGGUUCACCGGGCAUGAGAUCGUAA